AUGUCCAUUUUCGAACAAGACGACAAGACUUGUAGGGCUAUUGCUGACGCGUGUGCUGGCUCGACCAACCGCCCCAGCAAUCAGCCUGUUGAGCUUCGGUUUUCCCGAACAACCGGUAAUCAGCAUACAUGUGGAUUCCCUUGGUCUAGUAACUGGAGAAUACCUUCUCUUGUCAAAGUGGCCGAGGAUAUACUGCUGCAACUCUGCUGUGAGGUAUGGACUUUCGACGAUGAUUAUACGCAGUCGUAUCCAGCGAGCCAAGAUAUAGCAAAGAAUACUGGAAAGCAGAAAACAUCUCGCACACUUCGCGAGACACCUCGCAGCGACUCUAGGGUGACAUCUCCCAACAUGAACAACUCUCUCCUUCGCCUCCCAGCAGAACUCCAAAUCAUGAUCCUACAGCACCUUACAUUCGGCCAAGUCGAGGCCCUCCGACGAACAUGUCGAUCUCUACGAUACAACGUGAGCAAACCCGUCAUACGCUUCAUAUUCCCGAGUUUAAAAUUUGAGCUGCUGUCGACGUGCUACCGGUGUCUUGCACACGAUCCGGAAAGAGAUACUCUCAUCAAAGCAGAUGAAUCAGACGCGCGAUACCCGCUGGCUAACGAGUGCAUCGACUGUGUCGCUUCGAGGGGAGGAUUCUCUAUAGGACGCACGUAUACGCUUGCAUCGCGUUCGACGGUCUGUGUGUGUCGAUACUGUGGAUUUCCUGUGACUUCGGAUGCUGCGUGGAAGGAGUAUGAGUUUCAUCGGAAGUGCUAUAGGCGGUAUCGUAUGAUACUUCUGUACUACUUUCUGUCCGGUUUUGCGCAGGGAACGAUAACGAUUGUUGCGUCGGCUUUGUGUUGGAGAUACUAUAAGGGGAGAACCAUGAUUAUAACACCUACAAUUCGACGGUGUUCUUUAUUGGCACAAACAUAUAUGGCGUCGCUUUCAACCGAAACAGUCGAAGUUUCGCCGUAUGCUCAACAAAGUGGCUACUUUUGCGAUAUUCUGGACGUACCCGCCGAGCAUCGAGCAGAAGUUUCCGGGGAGAUGGUUCAGGAGAAGGUCACCGCCUCCAUCAAGACCGAUAUGCGGAUGAAUCAGAGAAAGAGACAGAUUGAGUGUGGAUCUUAA